AUGGCAUCCCGGGUACCCUUCUGCACUUGGCCAUGGCUCCUGAGUCUGCUGUCCGUCCUGGCCCCGGGGGCUGCAGUUCACUUCAAUCUCUCAAGCCUCUCUGGUCUUCUGUCACCGGCGCUGGCGGAGAGCCUAAUGGUGCCCUUGCCACCCUGUCACCUCACGGGGGGUAAUGCCACCCUGACAGUGCGGAGGGCCAAUGACAGCAAAGUGGUGAGAUGGAACUUUGAGGUGCCCCCAUGCCGGGCACGCAGGGAGUUGGUGAGUGUGGUGGACAGUGGUGCCAGCUACACGGUCACCCGGCUCAGCGCCUACCAAGUCACAAACCUCGCACCCGGGACCACAUACUACAUCUCUUACCUUGUGACCAAGGGUGCAACUGUGGAGACCAGCAAAGAGGUCCCUAUGUCCACGCUUCCACGCAGGAAGAUGGAGUCCAUCGGGCUGGGCAUGGCCCGAACAGGGGGUAUGGUGGUCAUCACAGUGCUGCUGUCUGUUGCCAUGUUCCUGCUGGUAUUGGGUCUCAUCAUAGCCCUGGUGCUGGGUGCCCAGAAGUGA